UUAGAGAUCGUCUCUGCCGCCUCUCUCUCGCUCUCUCUCAAACCCUAGGUUUCGGCUUGGCUGGAAGCGACCAAUCCCUCCUUCAAGCGAUAUUCGCUUCUCUCUUAUAUCGACAUGGCAUUCCCAACUGUAACUCCUGCUGCUCCCCUAAGUGCACAACAGGUUGGCAAUGCAUUUAUUGAACAGUAUUACACAAUUCUUCAUCGAUGGCCAGAAAGUGCUUACAAAUUCUAUCAGGACUCCAGCAUUAUUAGUCGUCCAGAGUCCAAUGGAGUAAUGGCAUCGGCCACAACAAUGCGAGACAUCAAUGAUAAGAUAUUGUCGAUGAUGGACUACAAAAGCUAUGAAGUAAACAUACUGACUGCAGAUUCACAAUCCACAUAUAAUGAGGGGGUGAUUGUCUUAGUUACUGGAUGCUUGAUUGGGAUAAAUAAGAUCCCACGGAAAUUUACUCAAUCAUUUUUUCUUGCCCCACAGAAGUGUGGAGGUUUUUUCAUUCUUAAUGAUCUUUUUAGAUUUUUGGAUGAAAACCAGCCAGAUGGAAUCAAUCAGAUUUUAGUUUGUAACACCAUGGAUGCUGCUGCAACUGACCCAGAUCUGACUUUGGUGCAAGACAGUCAUGCACCGGACCCUGCAACUGCCAUUUCUGAGGCAAAGUUUGCUAAUGCUGAGGAAUCUUCUAUCCCAUCAGAAAACAGACACUUAGUUGUUCAAGACAUUGUUACUGUAGAUCCACCUGUUCAACCACAUAUAGUUUCUGAAAUAAGAACUUCCAUCGCUCCAGAAGAUGCGCGUAUGAAGUCCUAUGCAUCAAUUGUUAAAGAUAUGAAGGGAAGUACAUCAAGUAAACCAGUUUAUGUGCCUACUACCAAGUUGCAGCCAGUCCCCACAAACCCUGAGAAACCAUUUAUGCAAUCCACUGCUGCUAGUCUUACACCUGAAGUUCUUGCUACAAAGAACAAUACAAUCUCUGAGAGCUGCAAUUCUAGCAAUUCCCAUGAAGGUCAUUCCAUUUAUAUUGGGAAUCUGCCCGUGAAUGCCACAGCUCGACAAGUCGAGGAGGAGUUUAAGAAAUUUGGACCUAUUAAACCUCGUGGUGUCCAAGUCAGGAUCCACAAGUUUGAGCACUUCUGCUUUGGGUUUAUUGAGUUUGAGUCACUAGAGUCCAUGAAAGCUGCAAUUGAGGCAUCACCUGUCAUGAUUGGAGGCCAAGAAGCUUUUGUCAAGGAAAAGAGAAGCAAAACACGAGUUACCAAUGGUGUCCUUAACAAUGACAAUGGUGAUAGUGGCAAGGGACACAAUCUUGCAGGAAGGGGUGGGUUCCAGAAUGAUAACUAUAGGGGGCGUGGAAGCUUCAAUGCCAACAAGGGACAUGGAAAGCAUGAUUUUAGGAAUUGGGGUGAGACUUCAAGCUGUGGCCAGCAUCCUCCACACUAUAAGCAGCGGGUGCCAGGGUGAACCACCCUAAUGUGACAAAUUAAACUGCUGUUACAGAAUACAAGAGAACACCUAGAUUAGAACCAGAAAAUAUUACCUUUUUUGUCCAAGUAGGAAAGAGUCUAUUCUUUGAUGAGGUAUAUGGCCAUUUUUGUCUGAUUCUUUUGUUACCAAAAUGGACAACUAAUUCAUAUUUCGGAUCCAAGCUUUUUGUAUUGCUUUCUGCUCAAGAUUUUGGGUGCA